UUCCUCUACACAGCUUUGGAGCUGCUCCUCCCAGCCAUUUGGAGCUGCUCCUCCCAGGAGCAUAGACUCUGGUGAGAGCUUUGCUCUGUGGAAAGCUUAGAAGGGUAGCAGCUACCUGGCAACCUCCUCAAGAAGGCAGGUUGAAGAUGGCUGACAGGUGCUACCCAGUGAUCUUCCCAGAUGAGCGAAAUUUCCGUCCCUUCACCUCAGACUCCCUGGCUGCAAUAGAGAAGCGGAUUGCCAUCCAAAAGGAGAAAAAGAAGUCCAAAGACAAGACAGCAUCUGAACCCCCACCUCGACCUCAGCUUGACCUAAAGGUCUCCAGGAAGUUGCCCAAACUCUAUGGCAACAUUCCCCGUGAUCUAGUAGCAAAGCCCCUGGAAGACUUGGACCCAUUCUACAGAAACCACAAGACAUUUAUGGUGUUGAACAAGAAGAGAACAAUCUACCGCUUCAGCGCCAAGCGUGCCUUGUUCAUCUUCGGACCUUUCAAUCCCAUCAGAAGUUUAGCCAUUAGGAUCUUGGUCCAUUCCUUGUUCAGCAUGUUCAUCAUCUGCACCGUCAUAGUCAACUGCUUGUUCAUGACCAUGGCUGGCGUUAAGGAGAGCAAGAGGACGGGCCCUGACGUUGCUGAAUGUGUCUUCACUGCAAUUUAUAUUUUGGAAGCUUUGAUAAAAAUACUUGCAAGAGGCUUUAUCCUGGAUGAAUUUUCUUUCCUUCGAGAUCCUUGGAACUGGCUUGAUUCCAUUGUCAUUGGAACAGCGAUUGCAGAUUUAAAUCCUAGUUCCCCAAUCAAACUGUUGUCUCUGCGUACCUUCCGAGUCAUCAGAGCACUGAAAGCAAUUUCAGUAGUUUCUGGUCUGAAGGUCAUCGUGGGGGCCUUGCUGCGCUCAGUGAAGAAGCUUGUUGAUGUGAUGGUCCUCACCCUCUUUUGCCUCUGCAUCUUCGCCCUGGUGGGUCAGCAGCUUUUCCAGGGAAUUCUGAGCCAGAAAUGUGUGAAGAUCGGCUGUGACACUACCGGUGAAACAAAUGACUCUUGCUUUGCAAAGGAAAUAAAUUCCACAGAACCCAUAAUGUGUGGCAAUUGGAGUGCUGGAAGGUGUCCCCCAGAUUCUAGAUGUAAAACCACUGGCAUUAAUCCUGAUUAUAAUUAUACAAAUUUUGAUAAUUUUGGCUGGUCUCUUCUUGCCAUGUUCCGGCUUAUGACACAAGACUCCUGGGAGAAGCUUUAUCGACAGACCCUGCAUACCGCUGGGCCUUACUCAGUCUUCUUCUUUGUGGUGGUCAUCUUCCUGGGCUCCUUCUACUUGAUUAACCUAACGCUGGCAGUUGUCACCAUGGCUUAUGAGGAGCAGAGCAGGAAUGUAGCUGCAGAAACAGAGGCCAAGGAAAAGAUGUUUCAGGAAGCCCAGAAACUGAUAAAAGAAGAAAAGGAGGCUCUGGUUGCCAUGGGAAUGGACAGAAGUUCACUUAAUUCUCUACAAACAUCAUCUUUUUCCCCCAAGAAGAGGAGGUUCUUUGGUAAAGGGAAAAGAAAAUCUUUCUUUUUAAGAGAAUCUAAGAAAGGCCGAGCUCAAGGAUCAGAUUCUGAUGAAGAUUCCUUAAAAAAUCCACCUCUCCUAGAGCAAACCAAGCAAUUGUCUCAGAAUCUUCCAGUGGAUGUUUCUGAUGAGCAUGGAGACCCCUUGCAAAGGCAGAGGGCACUGAGUGCUGUCAGCAUCAUCACUAUCACCAUGAAGGAGCAAGAAAAGCUACAGCAGCCUUGUCUCCCAUGUGGGGAAAAGUUGAUAUCCAAAUACCUUGUGUGGAAUUGUAGCCCCAAGUGGCUGUACAUUAAGAAGGCCCUGCGAGUUGUGAUGACGGACCCCUUUACUGAGUUGGCCAUCACCAUCUGCAUUAUAAUCAAUACCAUCUUCUUGGCCAUGGAGCAUCAUGGAAUGGAUAUGAAUUUUAAGAUAAUGUUGCAAACAGGGAAUUGGGUUUUUACUAUCAUUUUUAUGGCAGAAAUGUGCCUAAAAAUCAUUGCACUUGAUCCCUACCACUACUUUCGCCAUAGCUGGAACAUUUUCGACAGCAUCGUUGUUGUUGUGAGUCUUGCAGAAAUCAUAGCUGGGGACUACGUGUCCCUGCGUUCCUUCAGAGUGCUGAGGGUCUUCAAGUUAGCGAAGUCCUGGCCAACCUUAAACACACUAAUUAAAAUAAUCAGCCACUCUUUUGGAGCCCUUGGAAACCUGACUAUGGUCCUAGUCAUCGUGCUCUUUAUUUUCUCAGCAGUUGGCAUGCAGCUCUUUGGCAAUAAAUUCUGUUCCACAAGGAAUUCAACUUCCUGUAGCUCUGUUACUAACUCCUGUCAACGGCGCUGGCACAUGGGGGAUUUCUACCAUUCCUUCCUGGUGGUGUUUCGCAUCCUCUGUGGGGAAUGGAUCGAAAACAUGUGGGAAUGUAUGCGAGAAGUUAAUAUACCACUGUGCGUGAUUGUCUUCGUGUUAAUCAUGGUGAUAGGAAAACUUGUGGUGCUCAACCUUUUCAUCGCUUUACUGCUCAAUUCCUUCAACAAUGAGGAGAGAAACGAAAACCAAGGAGAGGCCAAGAAAACCAAAGUGCAGUUAGCACUGGAUCGGAUCAGCUGGGCUUUUUCUUUUGUGAUUCGUACUCUUCAGCAUUUCUGUCACAAGUGGUUCAGGAGGCAGAAGUUACCAAAGCAGGAAGAGACAACAGAAGGCUCAGCUACAGACAGCAAAGGCAUUCCCCAGGUCUCAGAGAUGAAAGGAGGCUCAGAGACCCAGGAGGAGUUUGAUGGGCCGGCCUCUGCAAGGAGGACGUUAGGUGUGGGGUGUGAUCACAUUUGGUUGGCCCCACUUGCACAGGAAGAGGAUGAUCCUGGGUAUAUUGAUAGAGAGGAGGAAUUGCCCAUCACACCACCUGAUGCUGCAAGACAGGACUGUGGCCAUCAAGAGACCAAGAAGCCCACCAGCCCAGGAGUUCAAAGUGUGGAAAUUGAUGUGUUCUCUGAAGAUUUUUCUUUGACCACACAGAAUCCCCAGAAGAAGUCCGAUGCAAUCAGUGUGUUAUCAGAAUGUAGCACUAUUGAUCUGCAGGAUCCUGUUGGAAAUUUAUAUAAAAUGGUCCACCCCUCAAAGCAACCAGAGAGAUGUUUGCCGAAAGGUCUGAGUUCCUUCCUUCCAUGUUGUAAAAUGGAUAAGAGAAAGUCACUCUGGGUCAUUUGGUGGAACCUACGGAAAACCUGCUACCAAAUAGUCAAACACAGUUGGUUUGAGAGCUUCAUUAUCUUUGUGAUUCUGCUGAGCAGUGGGGCACUGGUAUUUGAAGAUAUUCACCUUUCUAAUUAUCGCCACAUCCAAAAUUUACUAAAUUGUACUGACAAUAUUUUCACGUCUAUUUUUGUCCUGGAGAUGGCUCUGAAAUGGGUGGCCUUUGGAUUUAGCAAGUAUUUCACCAAUGCCUGGUGCUGGCUGGAUUUCAUCAUUGUGGUCGUCUCAUUGGUGGUCAGUUUUGUGGACCUACAGCAAUGGAAAGCCUUCCGGACUCUGCGAGCACUGAGGCCUCUUCGAGCCCUGUCUCGAUUUGAAGGAAUGAAGGUGGUGGUUAAUGCUCUCAUAGGGGCCAUACCUGCCAUUGUGAAUGUUUUGUUUGUCUGCCUCAUUUUCUGGCUCAUAUUUUGUAUUCUGGGAGUAAACUUAUUUUCUGGAAAGUUCGGAAAUGUGGCUAAUUACACAAUUCUACCAGAUGGCAAAUGCACUCAAAAUUACACCUGGAACCCCCCAAAUGUCAACUUUGACCACGUGGGGAUGGCUUACCUCGCUCUGCUGCAAGUGGCAACAUAUAAAGGCUGGAUGGAAAUUAUGUAUGCAGCUGUGGAUUCCACGAAAGACGGACCACCACAAUUUGAGGCACAUGUAGUCAUGUAUGUUUACUUCAUAGCUUUUAUCAUCUUUGGCUCAUUCUUUACACUGAAUCUCUUCAUUGGCGUUAUUAUUGACAACUUCAAUCAACAGCAAAAAAAGUUAGGUGGCCAAGACAUUUUUAUGACAGAAGAACAGAAGAAAUACUAUAAUGCGAUGAAAAAAUUAGGAACCAAAAAACCUCUAAAACCCAUUCCAAGACCUCUGAACAAAUGUCAAGGUCUUGUGUUUGACGUGGUCACACACCAGGUCUUUGAUGUCUUCAUCAUGAGUCUCAUUGUCCUAAACAUGGUUUGUAUGAUGGUUGAGACACGAGACCAAUCCUCAUACACAGACUCAGUCCUUGAACAUCUCAACACAAUCUUUGUGAUUAUCUUUACAGCAGAAUGUCUCAUCAAAGUCUUUGCUCUGAGGCAAUAUUACUUCAUCAAUGGCUGGAAUUUAUUUGAUUGUGUGGUCGUGGUUCUUUCUAUCAUAAGUGAAUGGAUCCUAAAGUUGUGUACAGUCAUUCGACGCUAUCCACCCAGCACACACAGAGGAAUGAACCACGGACACAGAAAAUGCUGAGAAUGAGCCUCAAAAGAAUUGUGUUCAGUGAGAGCAAAGGGAAGAAAAACAAGAGUCCAAGGGAUGAUCCCAUUGAUAUGUAAUUCUAGGACAUGUAAAUGAGAAUGACAAAAGUAAACUGGUGGUAACCUGGGGAUGGGGCUGGGCUGGAGAGAAAGAAAAUGUCUCUUUAAGAAGACUUUCGGGAACAAUGAAUAUGCUCACGAUUUUAAUUGUGACAAUGGUUUUACAAAUGAAUAAUAUAUAUUAGAAUGUGUGAGGUGUGCAGGUCUCAGGCGUUUCAGCUUCAACAAGUCCAUGAGGAAAGUCCAGCCUUCAAGGUUUUGGGGUCUGCCUGAGAGCCUCUCUGAGCCCGUGGAUCCCUCAGCGGAGCACAGAAGUCUGAAGGGAGAGCUGUGGCUGCUCCAGGGAUGAUUGCUGAGCCUCCCCCAUCUGUGAGAUGCAGCAGGAGGGAAAAAAAAGGUGAGGGUGAGAGUGGCUGCCCCAGUACUGGGAAAGAAGCCUUGCUAUGAGAAUUAUGGUAACUCCCUCCAAGGGACUGACACAGCUCAGAGGACUUGGCAUCCUCCGCUCCAACUCCUCAUCACACAGACAAAACACUGGUGCCCAGGAUUGGUGGGUAGUGUGAUAGACAAGCUGCUCAUUGCUGCAGAGUGAGGAUGGUCGGGGGAGGAGCGUGUAGAGAGAGACUGAGCUGUCACUGCCCCUUACCCUGCAAUGAUGGCUCAUUGCAGAACUGGCUGCUUAUAAACAGGUGGUGGGCCCAGGCAUUUAGCUCAGUGGCACCGAGCCUGCCUUGCAAGCACAAGGUUUUGAGUUCGAUCUCCGGUAUAAAAAAAAAAUGGGUGGUGGUCUCAGCCCCUUCUCUACCACCAAGAGCUGGUGAGGAACACUUGGCCACAGUGAUUCUGCCUCUUGCCCUGCGCCCUCUCCUGGGACCUCACCCCCUUCUCCCUCCCAGGAGAAGGCUCCAUCCUGGAGUUAGAGGAUGAGCUUUCUGCACCCCAGACGCUGCCCCAGGAGGCAGGAAAAGCUAGGCUCUUUGUCUCUCCCUGUGGACUGUGUGAGCUCAUUCUGGUAAAAGUUUAAUGCCUAGAAGUCAAUUACAUUUGAGAAUGCUCUGAUGAGUCCAACAGUGGCUUUUGCGUGGAGUCACUGGGGCUUGCAGUGACUCUCGCCCCAGUCACUGUACUGAGGGAAUCUCCCUGUCCUUCCUUACAAUGGAGUGGGUGGGGGCUCAUCUCCACUUUCCCGUCAAUUUGCUGCACAUACUUUACACAGCCAUCACUUCUCGGGGCCUAAUUUUGGGAUGAAUCACACAGAAGGGCUGGCCGUGUUACUCUUGGAGGUGCCUGCUCAGCUGCUCAUCCCCUGAGCCCUUGUCUCCGGGGAGCAGCUAGGGAGCAGGGACGUGCACACCAUGCCAAAAGAAUGUAAAGGAUGCUGAUGAUCAAAAAUUCCAACAACCAGCAGUGCUGGAAAAGGGGGAGAUAUUCUGGAUAGCUUUCUGUUCAUUUAGAGAGUAAACACAUUAGAAUCCACACACAAAGAAUUAUACCAAAGUAUAGUCCAGGUUGUAGUGACCUGGCUACCUUUCCUGUGUGGCAUUUGACUCCACCUGCCAUCACAAAUCUUUUAUCAGACCACCCAGAUGUGCUACAGCUGUCCUCGGGCAUAGGCUAAAUGGCUCAGGCAGAGCCCUGGAAAUAAGAGAAUGAGGGCACCUGGGUGCCUUAUUCAGUGGACGUUUUACCUCGCAAGCACCCACUCAUUACUUCCCAUUCGGGCCCUGCCAAGCCCUGGGCUGUGCUCUGCAUAAUCCUAGGGUUUUCUGUCCCUGCGUCCUCCUCACACCAACUCCUUCCUCGGAAGUACCCUCCCUUUCUUGUUCUAUUCCCAAGCAGCUCUAGACUUAGUCUUGGGAAGCUUCUCUGCCUAGCAUCAUUCCAAGUGGACUGAUAAGGCACCAACCAUCUCUUAAACUUGGCCUAGCCUAGCAGCAGGCAGAGAACAUCUUAGAUACAAGUUCUGUUCCAGAACAUGGUCUUUCUGUAUCAUACCCCCAGGACCACACAAAGAGCACCAAAUAGCAGAUAGAAUGCUAGUGAUCCUGAAAGAUUCAUCCCAAGUCCCAAGGGCAGCUCUUCUGGGCCCGGGAGUCCCUCCUCAUGGGACACAAGAGCCCAUUUCUGCCCCAGGUUGAGCCUGAUUCAGUAAUGUGGAACAGUGUGCAAAUCAUAGGUUCUCUCUUGUCUAGACUGAACUUGCCCAUCCAUCUCUCUUUGGCCGUCACUCUCUGUCUUGGCUCAGAAUUUUUUUUUUUCUGUCUGUUUUGGCCAGAGUUGAUAUUUAAAAUAUUAACCUCUGGUAAGGCUUGAGAACUGGUCAAACAGAACGGAUGCCACUGAGUGCUGGACACAGUCCUUGAGUGGUCGAAAAGCAGGCGGUGAGGAAGUGGAUUAGUUCAUUCUAGCUGUUGGAUCCCAGGACAUGUUGAAGUGUAGGUAUCAGGAGAGGAGCUAGGCAGCUUGGGUGGCCAGAUAACAUUCAGGGGUGCUGGUUAGAAUCUGUUAACCCAUGUGCGCAUCUCACUCUCUGCCAUCCUUUUCUUUGAUCUGGGUCCAGGGCGACAGAUUCUUCACAGGCUGAGUCCAGCAGUCUCCCUACACCUGAAAGGCCUUCCCUUCUUGCUGGGGUCAGUCAAGGGGAAGGGUCAAGAAGGGUAUUUAUUUUUGCUUCCUCCCCACUUCGGGCUACCUUUCUAGCAGUGGCUGCCUCCCUCUAAUGCUACAGCUCCAGCAAUGUCUUUUAUUUUCUGCUGCGGCAGCCCUGUCUAGGCUCCGGGAGCACCCUCUCUCCUUUGCCUCUUCCAUCCAAGGUUGGGGAUGACACUUCAACAUCCUUCAUUUCUGGGCUGGUAGCCUCCACCAUGGCCCCACUGGUAUUCAUGCCUGUGAGUGGUUGGUCCCUCCAUAUUGUACUUAACUUGUUGUGUAUGAUGUGCAGAUUACGUUACAAAAGGCUGAGACUUCUGUCUUGGAUUGUUUGGAUUCUUCCUUCUGGCUUGUUUUCUCUUGGGUCCCCCAUUCUGAGGGAAGAAGGCCCAGACUAUAAGUCAUUCUAUAGAGAGCCUCAAAUGCUCAAAUGGCAGAACACGGAAAUCUCAGCUAACAGGCAAUAAGGAAGGGCAGCUUGUCAACAAUGCCCUGUCCGAGCUUGAAAACACAACCUGCAGCUGCAGGCAAGUCUCAGAUGACCUGGAUGACUGUCACCUUGACCAUAGCCUCAAGAGAGACUCUGAGCCAGAAUGACAAGCCACUCCCAGAUUCUCACCCUCAGAAAUGGGAAAAAGAGUGAGUUGUUUGGAUCAGAAAGUAUUGAGGUGACUUUUGUUACACAGCAGUAGCUAAUGUAUACAUUUCCAUCUAUACCUGUGUAAACAGUCCCUUCAGUUUCCUGAACCAUCAGAAGUGGAUCCUUCUUUUUGGCCAAUGACUACAGAGGCCAGGUAUUGGCCUGGAAUGGAGGAAGUUUGCUGUCCAGCAGUGCUGCAGCUCUGCUGGCGUGUUCAUCCCUGACCCAUCACAGGGAGGUCAAGGAAUCUGGAGAGGACAGAGCCCAGGGAUUGAGAAGGGAAUGGGACAGGAGGGUGGAGAAGAUAAAGUGGGAGAGGAGAAGUGCAGCAGAGGCAGGCAGGGUAGUUAGAUGGAGAAAUACACUUUUCAGGCCUGAGUUAGACCCCACUAAAUCAGGAGAGAUAUCUGACAGGAUUCCACUCCCUCUGCAGUGAACUCCACCGAACUCGUCAAAUGGAAUCAAGGCGACUGCCAGAGAGAAGCGGUACAGGUCAGAAUCGCUGGAUGGGCAGUUCUUUGUGGUCAUUUUGACAUUAUAUUCAGAUGGGUUUACCCUGAGACACCACAUCCCAGCUCCCAGCCUCCUGGGGCAAUUCUGACUGAGAAGCGGUGUGCCAGCAGUGCCCAGGCCCCACAGAGCGGACCUUGCCUGGGGGAGGCUCUCCUCCCGGCUCACAGGCUCCCUCCUCUCUGCAGUUGGCUGGCUGCAGCCAGGCAUUACCACAUGGUGGGGUGAGGGGGGACGCCUUUGUGAGGCCAGCAGCCUCAGGGCACCCUCUGUGAGUCACUUCCUGUUAUUCUCCUCCAAGAAGUCCUGCCAUUCUUUAGAGCAAAAUUUGACAUUUUUGCAAGACUAACAUAUGGGGCCUUUUGGUCAAGUAAAACCGGGGAUCCUUUCUUUUAUAUUUACAAAGCCAUUAAUUGGCUUCUUUAUAAAAUUAGAUUCCAUUAUAAACCCAGUUGGAGUGGGAGUGUAGCUGUAUUUAGUCCAAAAUAUCAAGCCGUUUUAAAGGGUUCUUUUUAACAACCAAGUGCUCCACGGCAAGGAAUUUGCGAGGUGGCCUCCACUUCCUUCUGCUGCUAAGAAGCAGGUGGCCUUGUCUCAGUGGCGUGGCCAGGGCCAUCCUGAGUCCUGCCUGUAGCUCCUGCUUCUGUCCCCAGUGCCACCCAGCAGCACAGAAGUGCUGGACCCAGGUCCCGUGAGUCUCAGCACACACUCUGCUCCUGACCCUGCUCUUUGCCAGUUGCUGAGCUUUCAAAGGGAGCUCAUCUUCUCCACUGGACCUGUCUCCUCCAUCACCCAUGUUGCGGGCUGAGAGCCUGGGGCCAAUUACCUGAGUUGCUUCUAUUUCUCUCACUUUGGAGGAAAGAGAGGAGUGCAGGGUUUCCAAACCUCAGGUGCUUCACCAGUGAGCCUACAAAACGCCAACUCCAGGGUGGGGCUUGACGGCUGAGACUCUGAGGAGUUGCUGACACUGGAGAGUGCACUAUGCAGAGCGAGGCUCACAGGACAGUGGGAGGCUGAGUGGAAAGAGCUUGCCGGAUGCCCACCAGGCUGCAGUAGGCUCUAGUGUACUCACCCACCUCCUGUCCCCUGGCCUCUGAGGUCCAGGCACCACCCUUCGGGAGGAGCUUCUAGGGCUCUGAUGUGGGCGUGAAUGACCCAGGAUCUUUUCAGCAUUCCUGAAAUGUUUAUUGUACUGUAUGUAUUUCUGUUAAAUUUUGAAGGGUGUGGAUGGGGGCACAAAGGUGUCAAAAGAGCAAUCUGUUCCUCCAAGGAGCACUGCUCUGGUUCCUGGUAGAACUGACAGGAAGUCAUUCAGAUGCAGCCAGCAGGUGAGACUGUGACCUGGGACCCAGCCGUGCAAGCCUCUGGGUGACAUCCUAGCAGGGUCCCUAGGGUCCCCUCGGGGCCAGGGUGAGAUCUAAAUGGGUUACCUGAGCGCUCAAUGGCACAGGCAUCUUUGGGGAACAAGCUGCCUCAGCAUCCCCUCUGGCCUUUCUCUGGGAAAGUCUGCAACUUGCAGGUAUCCUCAGCACCAAGACAGGAACGCUAAAGCCACUGUCUCCUGGGCUGCUGCAGGAGCUCAAGGAGGGCUGGCAGGUGGAGGCCAGGGUGUGCGCCUGUCACUGGGGCCCCAGUCCUUGCCACCCUCUCUUGGGGAGUACACCUGCCUCCUGUCUCAGGUCUCUUCUGUAACUGUCUACCCACCUCCGCUCAAAAAGAGCAGGUUAUCCCUCCUGGGGCUGAACCUGCAGUUGUGGGAGGAGGAGGAGCCCCAGGAAUAGUUAUGAUAAACAACCACUUAUCCAAAAAAAUAAGUCAGGGCUCUGCCAGGCAGGGAGGGCUCAGCUGCCUGCCUGCCCCAGUCUGUCUGUCUGUGGCCUAUCUGGGCUCAGCCCAAGACUGACCUGCCGGACAGCACCAUCUUCCCAGCUCUUUUCUGAGAGCCAACUUCUGCCCCUGGAGGCUGCCUUUCCUGCCCCCAGCCCAUCCAGGAAUGUGGGGAGAGGGCUGCAUUGACAGCAUCCUUCGCUCUGCUUCCUUUGACCCUCACUUCAGGGCUAUGCUAACAGGACACAGACACAUGGCUCUCACCCUCCAGCGUGGCUCCAGCUAACCAGAGUAGCUGAUGGGUGGGUUCCGGCAGGCACAGGGCACCCUUCGGACCCUAUCUCAGAAGCACAGAGAUCCACCCUGCUACUCCCUCUUCUGUGCUCCACAUGGGUCCAAGAGCGUACCCUGUUGUCACAGGUCCCACGUGUCACACUGGAGCCCCUUCUGAUUUCCGGCCCCGCCACCCACCACACUUGGCUCAGGAAUGAUCGUCUGUACUGGGCUCUUUGCACAUAAUUAACACCAGCCAAUGUAUGUCUGCACCUCUGGUAGCAUUCGUGCUCCUCUCCCUUGAUCUUCCUCCCUUGGGGCCCCACCCUUACUCCAUGGGCCAGGACAGCUGUCUGCAGGUCACCAUGCUCUAAGGAAGCUGGGUCCCCUCUACCUGGGCCUCAGCGUGGUAGAGUCUGGGUGUGUGACUGCAACAUAGGAAAUUGCAUGGUGCACCUCCCUCUUUCCUGCUGGCCGCGGCCCCUCGCUAGAGCAUGGUACAACGCUGCAGAAUCGACACCUGGCCCUCCUCCCAGCCCCUGCUGUGGCAGUAUCGCCACUGUGGGCACACACCCUGUUCCCAGUUGGCGGUGAGGGCCCAACACAGUGGUGCACGCCCUUUGAGGAGAAGUGAUGCUCCAACUACUGCGACGCUGCUUCCCCAGCUGAGUGCUAGGGUGCUGAGCUCACUGUUUUUCCCCCUGCCCUGGAAGGGCCCAGGGGCUGACACGGUGGGGAGGGGUGUGUGCGCCACCCUAGGGCUUUUAGACGUAAUGCAAGUUUUUCUGUGAUUGAAAUGAAAUGAAAUUAAACUUGGUUAGCAAAACCUCAUAAAUGACCCAAACAGUCAGAGCGGGGAAGCUGGCCCACACUUGACAGAAAGAGAGGAACAGGAACAGACCAGGAGCAAUCUUUAGUUCAGCACUGACUUGCUGUGUGACCUUGGCAAGUCCCUCCCCAUCUCUGAGCCUCUGCUUCCUCACCUGUGAGACGAGGACAAUGAGAGGAGCUCUACGUCCUCCCCUAGCAGUGAUGUUCUGUGAUCGCCCCACUCUUGGGGAGACACUCGGGGUCCCUCUGGGCCUUGUUACUUUCCAGACAGUGAAGAACGCGCCUGCUGGCCUUCCCAACUCCCUAGCUGAGCAGUGCCAGGUGCUGCACUCUGAGCGCUGGGGCCCUGAGCACCGUGCACCGUCUGGUGGAGGUAGGAGCCAGCCUCUGAGGGCAGUGGACCUCACUCCUCAGUGUCGCCCGCCUCCCACCUCUUCCUUGCCAGGCCCUAAGGUGGGACAGCAUCAUGGGCUUCUGCAGCUGGGCACAGACUGUGCGGCCCUUCCAGAGCAGGACAGCCAGAGUGGUGCAGGCCCCACAUAGUAUGGUGGCUUCCCUGGGACUACAAACGACAAAGUGCAUAGGGGGCAAAGUACUCAACGCCUAAGCCUUGAAGAAGAGGUUUAUUUGGGUGAUUUUCCAGGGUGGAAAAGACAGAAACAGCACGGUGGAAGGGCC